AGCCAGAAGCCUCAAUGCUGGAUGUCGUGCUAUGACAACGUCACUGCUCUUCCGUCCUCGCUGGGUCGACCCGUCGGUGAUGUUCCUCUACGACAACGGCGGCGGUUCCGAUGAAGUGAGCAAGAACAUGGACGCUGGCGGUGGUGGUUUUGCGGGAGGCAACUUUGCGGCGAACCAAUGCAGGAACCUGAUGGCGCACCCCGCGUCCCUCGCUCCGAGCACGGCAUACUCGUCAAGCGACGUCCCAACCUCGGGAAUGGGCGAGCCAUCCAAGCAGUGCAGCCCUUGCUCGGCUGUGCAAAGCUCCUCCAGCGCGUCCCUGCCCUAUGGAUACUUCGGUAGCGGCUACUAUCCGUGCAGAAUGUCGCACCACAGUAGCAUAAAGUCGUGCGGCACGCAGCCCCCCUCUGCGUACGGGGAGAAGUACAUGGACACAUCCGCUUCGGGCGAUGACUUCAACUCCAGGGCCAAGGAGUUCGCCUUCUAUCCGAGCUAUGCCUCGGUCCCAUACCAGCCCGUACCCAGUUACCUGGACGUGCCAGUUGUACCAACUAUGAGCGGGCCAGCAGAACACAGGCACGAGCCCCUGCUGCCCAUGGAGAGCUACCAGCCGUGGGCUCUAACUAACGGCUGGAACGGGCAGGUCUACUGCACCAAGGAGCAGCCUCAGCUCGGACACAUGUGGAAAUCCUCCAUACCAGACGCGGUGUCUCCUGUAGGAGGGGACCUGAGCUCCUUCCGACGUGGAAGAAAGAAGCGCGUGCCAUACACCAAGGUGCAACUGAAGGAACUUGAGCGCGAGUACGCGGCCAAUAAAUUCAUAACGAAAGACAAACGAAGGAGGAUAUCGGCCCAGACGAACCUGUCCGAGCGACAGGUCACUAUCUGGUUUCAGAACAGACGCGUAAAGGAGAAGAAGGUGGUCGUCAAAGUGAAGAGCAUCAGCUAGUUCUGACUGACAUACAACAAUGGGAUGGGA